CACGCCGAAGGAGAAAAGUUAUAACACCAUGGAAUCGCAAGCCACGUCUUCUGUACCUGUCCAUGAGCGAGAAGUCGAGUCGGAUGAAUCAACACCUAAACCUACCUCAAAGUUUUCAGACGAGCCUCCAACAAAGAGAAAGAAGAAUUCAAACCUUGAAGACAGAUUGAGCCAUAUAUUGUCUUGUAAUGUCUGCUUUGACUUGCCUUCAUCAGCAUGCUACCAAUGCUGCAGAGGACAUCUCAUGUGUGCUGCCUGCUAUAACCACUUACUUGCUGAUUCAAAGUUAAAAGAUGAGCAACCGACAUGUCCGUCUUGUCGUGUUGACAUCGGCCACGGAUCAUGCACAAGAAAUCUCACUGCAGAAAAGACAAUAUCAGAACUACCAGUCGUUUGCGUAUACUGCUGCGGAAGUUUUGCUCGACACAUGAUUAAAGGUCAUCAGACCGAAGACUGUGCUGAUAGACUAGUCAAAUGCAGGUUUGAAACGUUCGGUUGUUCUUGGAGUGGGCCAUAUCAUGAAUCAACCAAUCACGAAUCGACAUGUGUCCAUCCCAAAAAAUCAGGGACUGAAUUACUGGAAUGUCUGGACAACCGAGAAGAAAAACACAAAAAACAGUUGUCAGUAUUUCGCCAGUCGGUGUCACUGUUGAGCUGCGAACAAAUUUCAUUUUCUGACAUUCAACUUCGACCUUUUCGAACGAUGGAUUUUGUCACUCGUCUUUACUAUGAAUCAAACCGUUUUCAUGCCCUUGGCCACACGUGGGCGGUAAAGGCUUUUAUUGACAAUGUGGAAAAGCACCCCUCAAACCCAACGGUAAUCGCAGACAGACAGUUGAACUACCAACUCCUGUUGAAAUCAAAGGUGAGCAACGAUUUGGAGUUAUAUUCUCUCCUUGUAAGAGCACCAUUUGAGGAAACCCACAUAGACCCGGAACCAGUUUUCCAUCGAUUUACGACCAGUGAAACUGAGAGUGAACUCCGGCCUAUCAGUGUUGCCGAUGCCAACCGUUUGUUGGGGUCGAGGGUCAUAAAUUUGAGGCUGUUUUUGUUUUAUAACAAACCAUGAACACGUUAAGAAACAAGUUUUAUUGAAUAAACUUUGAAUUAACUCUUGUCACUUGGGGGUGUUAUGAGUAUUUUUUCAUCACUCCUCCAAUAAUAUAUUGAUAUAGACAGAGAUUUAUUUAAUUUUAACAGAAUCUAGUUUUGGGUGAAAAUGACUUUUUAAAACAAACUACUCUAUCAAGUUUUUUUCUUUGAAAAAGAAUUUUAAUCAUAUAGGUGUUGUCUUUUUUAUAGAUUUAUUUUCCAAUAACAUGACAGCAGUGUUCAGACUCCAUUUGAAAUAUUUCACUGUUAUAAUUACAAUUUAAUUUUAAUUUGAAAUAUUUCAUACUUGUGGCUGGCAUACUUUCAUACUUCUCUAAUUUUCUAAUAAAAUGUUUUGAAUUAUUGACUUAUUCCUAAAUUCAAAAAUUUACUAUAAAGAAUAUAAUGAAUUUUGAAGUAUCUGAAAAUUUGAUUUGUUCUGGACAUCUCCAUGUUUAUCCUUUCUACAUGGAUGUGGUGACAAAGGGCCAAUGAUGUUCCAAGAGCCAUUUAUAUAUAUGCAGGAUGUCCAAAAAAUUUAGCUCGAUUUUAUAGUAAUAAUAUUUAAAAAUUUCCUUAUCUUUAUUUAUAAAAAGCUCUUCUUGUGCUUGUAGUUCUUAUUUAUCAUACAAUAAAAUUUAUUGAAACUUGCAAUUGGUAUUUCUAUAAAAUCAGGCGAAAUUUUUUGGACACUAUGUAUAUAGGUUUACAUGUUGAUACAAUACAGAUCCUAUUGAUAUCAAUUCAAAACUUGCAACCUUGGCUGCUUGAUUUUUUACGUUGUGUAUUUCGGAUUCGAAAUUCUCAUGUAAUGGCUUAUGAUACAGUCAUCGCUAUCACCCCCAUAUAUUUGUAAUGUUUGUUUUUAUGUAACUUUCGAAAAGUAACUGCGCAGCAUUGCUAGGCUUAAGCUGUUUCUUUAGAUUAAACGAUAUUCGAAAUGUUUUUUUUUCAGUGUUAUUCUUGAAUAGAAUAGUAUUCAGAUAUAGACAUGCCUAGAUAUGAUCAAUCUGAACAGAAUCAAUCUGAACUGUCUGGGAAUUUAUAGGAUGAAUAUAUUAUAACAUUGCUAAAGGUGUUGUUAAAAUAUGUCCCCAUAUUAUACUGUGUCACCCUAACUAGUUUAUACUAUAUAUUUAUGAUUUUACAUUUAAGGUGACUAUUUUAUCCUGAGAAAACGUAUUUUAAAUGAUAUAAAUUGCACACUUUUAUUUUUAAAAUAAUAUUAUAUUAUCAUCACUAAAAACGUUGAAAAAUAUUCAAAUGAGAAUUUUGUUUUUAAAUAUUGCAACAUUCAACAUUAACAUUAGAUUACCCAUCUUAAUAUUCCAUUAUUUGUCUGAGAUAUUUAUUUUUGGUUGUUUUUGCAGUCUAUCUCACUUGUGUCUAUGUUAUCAAACUCUUCUGAAUUGAUAUUUAAUGGAAUGACCUUGAUGGUCAAAAAUUAACCUUGACUGUUAAGUAAACAACUCCAGUGGUCGGCAAAAUAGAAAAUGCUUGGCUGCGGCACAGUUUGCCGACCACUGCCUUACUCUAUUUGACAGUGGUUUCCAACUGGGGGCCCCCGUGGCCCACCAAAGGGGCCACAGAGCAGUAGAAGGGGCCACCAUGCCAGGGGCAAAACUGAUUUUAUUUUUCCUUUUACUAGAAAACCACACAUUCUUCCUAGUUUCAUUGCUUGAUAAGGUUGGUGUUUUCACUUUGUUGAGAAUGAAUUGUUUGAACAUAAUGGGGUUUGGAAUCUAUCAAUCAAAGUAACGCCGGGAUGAUAAACAGGGAGCCGUGUGUGCUAAAAGACUCUGGAAAGGGGUCGGGGGUCAUAAGAGAUUGGAAACCACUGCCUUGUACUCAGUGUUGACAUGUUUAGAAUCCUUUUGUAGCAGUACUGUGAAGACACACCAUAAAAAGAAUUUUAUGUCCUGUUUACUUUAAAAUCUCCAAAUGAAGAGACUAAUAGAAUAUUUUUUGACAUUGAGAUAUCUUGGUGCUUUGUAUUUAAUCACAAUGAGUUUUUAAACAGAUAUAGUUAUAUUUUAUUGAAAGAUUUAUAUUCAUAGAUUUUAUUUGUAAUUUUUUUUCUGUGACUCUGCGAAGAAGCAUUCUUCUGAUGCUUGGGGCGGCUGCCCUUAUAACCCUUCUUCUCGAGACACGCCCCUGUCUUCUCCCAACCUUUCAAUUUCUCUUUUACUGUAAUUUCAGAGAUCUGAAAUUCAUAUUAUUAUAGCUCUUGAAUAGCAUUAUUGUCAAAAAUUUUUGGGCUGUAUAAUGUAAGAAAACAUUCAAUACAAAAA